CAGUUCCAUGAUGGCUGAAGAUCCUGGAGGAGCUCAUCCCAACUUCUCUUUCAUCCGCACCGCUUUCCCGUUACCUCUGCUGGAGACAUGGCAGGGCACGCGGCCCCGGUGAACGGCCACAAGCUUACGUCGUCAUGCCCAAGAAAGGGAACAGAAAACGGCUGAAGUUCCGGGCCGGGGAUGUUUGCUCGGAAUCAGUGACGGUGGCUGACUAUGCCAACGCGGAUCCUGCGAUUGUGAAGUCCGGCAGAGUGAAGAAGGCGGUUGCCAAUGCACUAGAAAAAGAAGUGAAAUUGCUCUGCGGGCUCGAAGCUUCCCAAGGUCCCGUGCAGGAGGUGCUGUCGUCAGCGGUGGGCGCGCGCGAGCGUGCGCGCGACAGCAGCGAGGAACCAGACUCGGAGGAAGGUGACUGCGAGAGCAGGGGCUCGCGCAAGAAGAAAAACAAGAGGCGCAAAGAAAACAGUGAGAGCACCGAUGGAGAAGAGUAUCCUAUCGACAUAUGGCAUGUUCUCGCUGCAUACAUACGCCCUGAAGAUGUUUGCACGUUUGCGCUGAUCUGCAAGAAUGCCUGGACAGUCACGUGCACGGCAGCAUUUUGGAAACGACUGUAUAAGAGACACUACAGUGUUGACGCGGAGCUCCCACCCCUCCUUCAGCUGGACUCCGUUUCACAGAUGCAUUGCCUUCGCGCCCGUGUGAUUCGCUCCCUCUUUCAUCUGUACGAGCCAUUUAACUUCCGCGUGUCCAAGAGCCCCGCCCUCCCCGAGGCCACUCCCUCCACUCUUCUAAAUUCCAAGUGUCUGCUGUUUUGGGUCAAUAAAGUGUCUGGAACGAGACCCGAACCGAUGUGGGAAUUCAACUUCAAGUUUGUGAAGCAGCCAGUUAAGACGAAGAAUGGCUGUGGGCGUGGUCUGGCGCUGCCCAGACAGUAUAAGGACGUCCAUGCUAAUCCGGACUCCGAUUGCUAUCUGCUGCGUGUCACCACCUUUAACUUCAUCUUCACUUCUGUCGUCAUGGGCCUGACCCUAACCCUGUUCACCGUUAACGUGAGCACGGACAUGAGGCACCACCGGGUGCGUCUGGAGUUCCAGGAUUCCCCUGUGCUCCGGGGUAGGAAGCCCCGAGGGGAGCAGGGUGUCCAGGUGGUACUGGACCCUGUGCACAGCGUGCGCCUCAUAGACUGGUGGCACCCCCAGUUUCCCGCGUCCUCGUUCUAGCCACGUCGGCACGGCGCUGGAGGUGGAGGAUGCCGCUUCGCUGAGAACAUGCUCUGUACCGCACUUCCUCUCCUGCUUCACGUUCUGGUCUGCUCUCUCGUUGCGUUUACGCUGAUUGAAUCCUAGGGUGUCUUAACUGGCAACCAGGCUACCAGGGUCGAGGGUUGAGUUUGCUCUUGUAUGCUCAUGUAGAUUGCUCUCAACUCUAACCAGCGGAAGUGAAUGGCUGAUUUUUGAUUGAUGUAGAGGGGCAGCUUCCAGUUUGUGUUGUAGUGGGGCAUGUGGGCAAAUGCCGUGAACAUGGUGUCGGCACGCAGCAAUGAAUCUUGGCUUUCAUGCUUGUGGAGCCUCAGCUUUCGUUUGUACGGUGCACACAAGCUGCUGUAAAUGGUUAAACACGUUGGGGGGGGGUGAAUCUCAUAUACUACUGCAGCACCUUGUAAACAUGCUCCAAAAUCAGAAUGUGUAUGAAAAAAUAGAUGAUUGUGUAGUGGCAUAUGGGAUGGUGAUGGCAUAUCAUCUGUCUAACCUUCAAAAGAUAUUUUUGCUGCUGUUGUUGGGUGUGUAUUUUUGUUUUCUUUGAAAUCGUCCUCAUUUCUAAGUAUGACCUUACUAAUCUCUUCAGUCGGGUCUUCAACACCUUUGCAGCUGUCUUGUUUGGCAUUCACAGACCAGUGAAGCAGUAAAGUUUACGCCUUCAAAAGCCCCAGUAAACAUCCUUUUUUUAAAAAAUGGGAUGCACAGACACAAAUGACCUUAAAUGUCAAAACAUUCUGUGCGUAGAAGUUUACAAAUGGUUUGCAUGCACUGCUGCAUUGCAUUUGCAAGAAGUCAAAAAAUUCAACCCGAUCCUACGAAGUACAGUUGUUGAGGGCAUGUUCUGAAUAAACAUGCACAUGUGUAUGCUGUGGGGUUGUUUCGGUUUUGAAAAGGAGUUUUAUCUGGAAUUUUGUAGGUUUAAACAAACUCUAGUGGACUUUGUGUGGGGGAAUACACAGAAGACUGUUACGCACAGUUAGAAAUGAUGGAAGCAGUAGCUUUUAAGAUAUGGUUUAAAAAGCAGUAUAUCCUUUUCAUAGUUCAAACAAUGCAUCUUAUGCAGAACAGACAAGUUUAUGGAGCGGCUAGAUGUUUUUGGGGCGGGUGUGGCAUAUAGUAGUCUUAGCAUCUUGCGCUCUGAUGCAUAAUAUCUGGACAGAUCUACAAACGACAUGCUUGAUUGAUCUGUGUGCCGCUUCAUGUCCUCCCCUGCCAAAUCAUGUGUUCUGAAUUAAGCUCGGUGGUGUAAUGUAAACUACUUUAAGUAGCUCUGUUUUUUGCUUUGUUAGCUGUAGGGCUUGUUAGACUCGUCUACUUUAUAGAGCCACGCAAGCGGAGCUUUUCAGUCAUGCGUGUUCAUCUAAUUAAACAGCGUGUGGCUGAACUUGGCUGGAAGGGUUUCUCUUUUGAGUGUUUCUUUGGCCAGAUGUGCACUUUUGGGCCGUAUAGUUUUAAGUAAAUUGGGGUUUUGGUUUUUCUGCUCUCUGAUCAAUGUGGAAGGGUAACUUCUAUGGCAGUGGUAUUCAACAUUUAGGAAGGAAUCUUCAUUUUCUUGUCCACAGUGAUGACUUGUAUAUUAUUUUAUGUUAAUGAUAGUGAAUUGAUGCAUUAAUUGUAAUAAAUCAAUGUGUCCACCUGUCUUUAA